AUGGCAAGUGAGCGUGAGAGCAAGACCUUCCUGGCGAGGCUCUGUGAGCAGGCCGAGCGCUAUGAUGAAAUGGUCACAUACAUGAAAGAGGUCGCCAACCUUGGUGGAGAGCUCACCGUAGACGAGCGAAACCUUCUCUCUGUUGCCUACAAGAACGUCGUCGGAACCAGACGUGCUUCUUGGCGCAUCAUCUCAUCCAUUGAGCAGAAGGAGGAAUCAAAGGGUUCUGAUAAGCACGUUGGCACCAUCCGUGACUAUCGUCAGAAGAUCGAGACCGAGCUCGAGAAAGUCUGUCAAGAUGUCCUUGAUGUCCUGGAUCAGUCCCUCAUCCCAAAGGCCGAGUCUGGCGAGUCCAAGGUCUUCUAUCAUAAGAUGAAGGGAGACUACCACCGUUACCUUGCCGAGUUUGCAUCUGGUGAGAAGCGCAAAGUUGCUGCGACAGCGGCACACGAGGCUUACAAGAACGCAACCGAUGUCGCCCAGACCGAGCUCACUCCCACCCAUCCAAUCCGCCUUGGUCUCGCCCUCAACUUCUCAGUCUUCUACUACGAGAUCCUCAACUCGCCCGACCGUGCCUGCCACCUUGCCAAACAGGCUUUCGACGACGCCAUUGCCGAGCUUGACUCGUUGUCCGAGGAAUCUUACCGUGACAGCACCUUGAUAAUGCAGCUCCUGCGCGACAACCUAACCCUCUGGACAUCAUCAGAUGGUGGAGAGGCUGAGCCUGCUGCUGCCGCUGGGGGCGCCGAGGCAUCGAAGGAUGAGAAGACGGCUGAGUCAAAGGCUGAUGCUGCGACAGAGAGCAAGGAUGAAAAGACAGAAGAUGCACCUGCAGCGUCUUAG